UGGGUCCCCGCCUCCCCAGCCCGGCCUGCCGCGUCGCGCGGUCCCCGUCUUCCUCUCCUGCCCCGGCCCUGGUGGUUUUAACAUCCCGCCCGGCGCGAUGGGACCCGCGGCCGCCGCGCUGCUGGCGCUGCUGUGCUUGGGAUGCGCGCUGCGUCCCGGGCGCGCCCAGUACGAGCGCUACAGCUUCCGCAGCUUCCCGCGCGACGAGCUGAUGCCGCUCGAGUCGGCCUAUCGCCACGCACUGGACCAGUACGGCGGAGAGCACUGGGUGGAGAGCGUGGGCUACCUGGAGAUCAGCCUGCGGCUGCACCGCCUGCUACGGGACAGCGAGGCCUUCUGCCACCGCAACUGCAGCCGGCCGCCCGAGCCCCCGCCCGCCGCGGGCCUGGCGCGCUACCCGGAGCUGCGCCUCUUCGGCGGCCUGCUGCGCCGCGCGCACUGCCUUAAGCGCUGCAAGCAGGGCUUGCCCGCCUUCCGCCAGUCACAGCCCAGUCGCGACUUGCUGGCCGACUUCCAGCGCCGAGAGCCCUACAAGUUCCUGCAGUUCGCCUACUUUAAGGCCAAUAACAUCCCAAAGGCCAUUGCGGCUGCCCACACUUUUCUCCUGAAGCAUCCUGAUGAUGAAAUGAUGAAGAGGAACAUGGCAUACUACAAGAGCUUGCCUGGUGCUGAGGACUACAUUAAAGACUUGGAAACCAAGUCAUACGAGAGCCUGUUCAUCCGAGCAGUACGAGCCUACAAUGGGGAGAAUUGGAGGACAUCCAUCACAGACAUGGAGCUUGCGCUCCCUGACUUCUUCAAAGCCUUUUACGAAUGUCUUGCGGCCUGUGAGGGCUCCAGGGAGAUCAAGGAUUUCAAGGACUUUUACCUUUCCAUAGCAGAUCAUUAUAUAGAAGUUCUUGAGUGCAAAAUUCAGUGUGAAGAGAACCUGACUCCAGUCAUAGGAGGCUAUCCUGUGGAGAAAUUCGUAGCCACCAUGUAUCACUAUUUACAGUUUGCUUAUUAUAAAUUGAGUGACCUGAAGAAUGCAGCCCCCUGUGCGGUUAGCUACCUACUCUUUGACCCGGAGGACAAGGUUAUGAAACAGAACCUGGUGUAUUACCAGUAUCACAGGGAUAAGUGGGGCCUCUCUGACGAACAUUUCCAGCCCAGACCGGAAGCAGUUCAGUUCUUCAAUGUGACCACACUCCAGAAAGAACUAUAUGACUUUGCUAAGGAAAACCUGAUGGAUGACGAUGAGAACCAGGGUCGAGCCUGCCUUCAUACCUUCCUUCCUACCUUCCCACUGGCCUUCCCAGGUUCAUACCUGUUUUCCCCGUGUUUGCACCCAUCUUCACGUUCACGUCUUCCCACCCACUUUCCUCCUGUUCACACCUGCCUUCUAUCUUCACACCUGUCUUUCUGUUGACACAUGUCUUGCCAUUGUCCCAUCUGUCUCCCCUUAAUUCACACUUGUCUUCCCCAUGGCCCUCCCUGUCUCCCCCAUGUUCAGAAAGUCUUCCAUGGUUUGUUUUUUUCUUUAAUCCCUGAGAAAUCAGUAUUAUUUUUUAAAUAAGCAAAAACACUAAAAGAUGUUAAAUGUGAAAAAUUCCUGUGGUCUCUGCUCUUUCAGACUGACCUCUCCUUUCUGCCUCCUGCAGGAGAGACAGCAGAAGAAGGCUGAGUGUCUCAGAGCCUCAUGGUAGUCUUGACCAGUGCCACUCCUUGUCCAUUGAGAAACAAGUUGGGUAGAUACAUAAAACAACAAAAAGUGUUUGCACAAUACCUUUGUCUUCAAAAUCUUACAAGGAUUACCCAGUCUCAUUUGAGGAUAAUGAUCAAUUAUAAAUCUCAGAGUUGGAAAUGAGUGAAAGCCAGGGGGAGUCUCGUGUUCAUUCUUCUAAAGAUUGCUGAAUACCUGCUCUGUGCUAGACACUUGAUCUGGAUAGCAAAGGUGCUGCACAGAAUAACAAAAGGAAAAUAAAAACCUGCCUGUAUUA